CAAUAAUUAUAAAUAUCCCUUUAUUUUCAGCUGAUUUAUGCUUGCGGCUUUACUGGCGUUGACACUAUGGUUAACGACAUUCAGUUUUAAACUCGCGAGGGUGAAUUAUUCAAUCAGCCAACGAGAGUAGAAAAUUACUGAAUCGGAACAGCAAUCCCAAACAUUGAAUAAUAUAUCAAGGCAUCAGAAGAUCCCAAAAAGAAAAUUGUUGACAAUAGUUUAAACAAAUUUUGUAAUAAUGGAAAUAUGUUCAGAUAUUAAAAACAAAAAUACUGCUGAUUAUGAUGAAAGGGGUUCCAUUUUAUUAAUUUUUCAUGUAAAUGACUCUGACGAAUUUAUAGAUGGAAUGACUUACAUAGUUGAUGACGACUUUAUCAAUCCAAACUUACCCUCUACCUCAAAAACCACUCAAAUAAGAACAAAGUUACCUACGAUAGGUCUUAUAUGCGAUAAAUAUGGUAUAUCUGAUCCAUCAGCUGCUGCAAUUGCUAGUGUAGUAUUAAAUUACCACAGAAGAUUCGUCGAAAAUUUUCACAAAAAUAAAGUAAGAAAAGAGCGAAAGAAAUCUAUAAAAAUCGCAAGGAAGGAGUUUGAAAGUGAUAACAAAAUAAUAAGAGGAGAACCACCAAAAAGAAGACUUUACUAUGCAUAUGAUUCCAGUUCUUCUGAUGGAAACAGAAAUACGUCUCCAAGAAGAAUACUUCAUUAUGAAGAUGUAUAUUCAAGUUCUUUCAAUGAAGACGAAAAUACACCAUUAGCUUUACGUCUUUAA